AUGAACCGCUGGUGGGGACUCCCGCUUCCCCCGGAGAUUGUUUUAGAACUAUUUGAGUAUUUGAAACCCUCAGAUGUCGUGGCUCUCGCGCAAGCCGCGGAGGGGUUCGCCCAGCUCGCUGUCUCAGCGUAUUCGUCUGGUCUCCGCGAACAUGGACGAACGAUAUUGUUCUCUGCAGUUACAUGUGGGCAUAUAAGCAUUGUCCAGCAUUAUCUGGAGGGAGGGGCCGAUCCCUGCGCCGCUGAUGACCAAGGAAACACGCCAUUGCACCUUGCCGCUGGUUUCGGUCACUCCAACGUAGCGUCGUUACUCAUUGAGGUUGGAGCCGAUAUCAAUGCACUCCAUAAUAAUGGACUAAGUCCAAUGGACUAUGCCAUUAUAAUGGGACGUGAACGCGUUGUGGAGGUUCUUUUGAAUAAAGGAGCCACCAUUACGGAUGUUAGGAUCGGCCAGGUUCAAAGAACGACUCUACAUGCCACUGCUAUCAAGGGUUAUAGCUAUAUUGCAGAGAUGUUACUAAGCCAUGGAGCUCCUAUUGAUGUCAAGGAUAGCCAUGGUCAUACGCCUCUUCAUUUAGCUGUUUCGGAAGGGAAUCUUGAGAUAGUUCGGGCGCUGCUUCUUGCUGGAGCAACCGUCGGCAUUCAAGAUAACAUAGGCGACUCAUCACUGCAUCUCGCCGCCAGCAACGGAUACACUGUUAUCGUACAGGAACUUCUGAAUAAAGGAGCAGACCCUUCUAUGAAAGGUCACGAAAAUGCUACGCCAUUGCACCAAGCAUCGUUACUGGGUUUUGUUGACGUUGUCCAGCUUCUCCUAGAAUCCGGGGCAAACAUGUCCGCUCAGCGUUUAGAUGGGGAAACUCCUCUUCUUCAAGCCUGUGGUGCUGGUCAUGUUGCAAUCGUGCGGCUGCUACUAGCUGCCGGAAGCUGUCCUUCAAUUCCAGAUGAGGAUGGGUCCACACCACUACACUUCGCUGUCCUUUCAGAGAAAGCAGUAAUCGCCGAUAUGCUAAUCGAGGCUGGAGCACAUGUUGACAGCAUGAACGAUAAGAAACAUACCCCCUUACACUGGGCAGCAAAAGACCAUGAAGAGAUGGUUCCUACUUUGCUGAAGCAUAAGGCCGACCUAAAUGCUCUCAGUCAUACAGGGUGGACUCCGCUACAUUGGGCAGCUAAUGAGGGCCAUGUUGGUAUAGCGACAGCUUUAUUGGAAAGCGGCGCCCUCGACCAAACUCAAAAUCAACAAGGGCAAUUAGCGCUGCACUUGGCUGCUCAAAAAGGCCAUAAAGAUGCUGUUGAAUUGCUUAUCCAAUGGGGCAGCAAUCCACAUCUCACCGACAAUAAAUUUCAAACACCUCUGCAUUAUGCAGCUGAGGAAGGAUAUGAAGAUAUGGUAAAAAUACUGCUGAGCAACAAAGUCAGAUCAGAUGUCAGAGAUCUUGAUGGUCGGACUCCGUUAUACUAUGCGGUAAUUGAUGGGAAUUUGAGGAUCACAAGGUUGCUUCUUGACCUCGCUCCCACCCUUGAUAAGACCGUCCAGGAAGCCUUUCUAGAGGCCGCGGAAGCUGGGCACGAAUUGGUGAUUCAACUUCUCAUCGAACAUGGUAUUGACCUGUCUUUCAAAGAUUCAGAGGGAUAUACCGCAUUGCAUCGAGCCGUUCUGGGGAGCCAAAUUGAAAUCCUGGAACUUCUUAUCAAUACAGAUGUUGAUUGGUCUGCCCGAGACAACCAGGGGAAAACGGCAUUGCAUCUUGCUGCCCGGGAGGGCGAGGAUGCGAUCGCCAAGGUUCUUUUGGGAAUCAGUGAGAUAAGGAAUCUUCAGGAUUAUGAUGGCUGGACGGCUUUGCAUUGGGCAGUUGAGAACGAACAAGACAACACCGUCCAGACUCUAUUGGACGCUGGUGUCGAUCCCAAUAUUAAGUCAUUCAACGAAUUCACGCCACUUGAUUUAGCAGAAUCUGGGGCUUUAGAAACAAUGGAGCAGUUGUUACGAGAGGCAUUAGCAGCGAGAGAUAGACUCACCGUCGGCGACACGCUCCCAUGA